AGUUUAACCAAUUAAAAUUAAUAUCAUUCGUUUCAAUGUCACAUUUCUAACAUUGAUAUUUCAACAACCCCCAAUCUCCAAAGACUUGUAAUAAUAUUUAUGAACUCUCUCAAACAUAUACUACUACUUCUAUAAGCUACCCAACUAUUCGAACAGAGACGAAAAUCGGCCAUAGCUGUAAGGGCUCUCGCUCACCAGAUCAAAACUACACCGAGCAAACUUGAGCUCUAAAACAUACAAUGGCAACUUUCACAUUUUCCCUCUGUUUUCUCAGUUUCCUCUUUGUCUUUGUUCAUUCUUCUUCUUCCCCUUAUCUUCUAUCACCCUCAACAUUUUACCAAAGUUACAAUAAGAUGCUCACAAGUUUCAAAAUAUUCAUUUACACCCCUCCUCAACCCAUAACUUUUUCUCCUCCUCCUUCUUCAAUCUUCUACAAUUUCCUUCUUAACAGCCAAUUUAUAACAAAAGACCCAAACAAAGCUCAUCUAUUUUUCAUACCUUUUGCACCUAACACCACCACGCGCUCUAUAGCGCGUCUUGUUCGUGACCUUAGAACAAAAUAUCCUUACUGGAAUCCAACACUCGGAGCUGAUCACUUCUUCAUAUCACCUCAAGGAAUCGACUUUUCUUCUGACAGAAAUGCCCUUGAACUGAAGAAAAAUUCAAUUCAGAUUUCUGUUUUUCCCACUACUUCCGGUAAGUUUAUACCUCAUAAGGACAUCAGUUUGCCUCCGGUAACAUCACCCUCACUCGCACGCGCCCACGCGCCGACGAAAGAAAAAUCCUCAUCCUUACUCGAACUAUCUCACGCGCCGGUGAAAAGCGAUCAGUCGUUUCUAGGUUAUUUAAAAUGGGACGGAAAGACGGAGUUAGACUUUGUAAACGAGUUGAAGUUAGACUCAGAUUUCAUCGUCGAAUCUGAGCCGUCGGAUCAUAUAGUAAGCAAAUUCUGCUUGUUCCUCUACAACGCUGCUGACGUGGCGCUAACUAUAACGGAAGCGAUGUCAUCGGGAUGCGUGCCGGUAGUGAUUGUAGACCGUCCGAUUCAGGAUUUACCGUUGACGGACGUACUGAGAUGGUCGGAAAUGGCGAUGUUGAUCGGAAACCGACGUGGAGUGAAAGGAUUGAAGGAUGUGCUGAGAGGUGUACACGUGGAUCGAUAUGAGAAGAUGAGGGGAUUGUGUGUGGCGGCAGCUCACCAUAUGGUGUGGAACGCGGAACCUCAGCCGUACGAUGCUUUUUAUAUGGUGAUGUAUCAGUUGUGGUUGAGACGGCAUACGAUUAGAUACACUCGGAGGGAAGAUUUUUUACUACAUUUGCUUGUAUAGUAGUUAAUAAUACUAUAGUCCUGAUUAAUGGUCAAUAAAUUGGAUGUUUUUUAGAAUGAUUGUUAAUUUGUUUACUCCCCUAAUAUGAAAGAAUAUUUAAUGCUUUUGAAUAAAAUAUGUACAAUUCGAACCUUUUAAUGUUAAUCUGAGCUCAACAUGUUCAAUCAAA